AUGAAGUCGCCACGGUUCGUCACGCUCCAGCUCGUCGCUCGGCGCUGCAAAUACUACGCGUUCAUCAACGCCUUCAUCUGCAGCGUGGGUCUGGGAAGCUACUUGGCCGUGUCGUCUGCGCACUCUGCAAUGACGGGAGUGGGGGUGGUCUACGGCGCGAGUUCGCUGCGCAUUCUGGCGAUGGUCAAGUGGUUCGAGUGGAUUGCGACCAAGAAGGCGCAGAUCCACGGACCCAAGCGCGUGCAGCUCACGCAGGAGCAGAGUGGAGCCAUCUACCGCCGCAUCUUGUGGCUCGUGGUGCCCACGGAGUGCGUCUCCUUCUGGUUCGCACAGCAGACAAUUGCUGAAGACUCUGUGGAUUGGCGGUCGUUCCUGACCGAGUACGCGUGGUUCGUGCCCAAGUCGCUGCUGUUCGAGGUGCUCUUCGACUUGUUCCACUACUGCAUGCACUGGACGUGCCACAGCUCGGCGUGGCUCUACCAGCACGUGCACAAGCAACACCAUCUGCACCUGCACCCGUGUCCGCUGUCGACGUACGAGCAAGACGGCGUCGAUCUCUUCCUCACUAACAUGCUACCGUUCUUUCUGGCGUGGAGUCUGAGCUUCCCCUUCUCGGCGUUUCAACUGCAUCUGCUGUUCGCCUACAAGACGUACGUGGAAGUGGCGGGCCACUCUGGCCUGGAGGUCAAGGGCUUCUCGUUCCCGCAGAUGCCGCUGCUGAACAACGUCACGAGCAUUUGUCUGCGAGUGCAUGACCACGACCUCCACCAUACGCACCCGCGCUGGAACUUCGCCAAGCGCUUCUCGCUUUGGGACAAAGUCUUCGGGACAUUCCGUCCGGGCAGACCUCUGACGGAGAAAUACCACUAA